UGUCGUCUGCACUGAACCACUGGUACUUAUCACCAAACAUUAACAAAUUAUACAGUUUUGACUCGUGCUAUGCGAAUGUGAUUAUUCGUAAUUGUGUUUACGUUUAUUGUGAAAUAUGAACUAUUAUUCAGUUAUUUUAAUUCUUAACGGAAUAACGUACGUAUUGUGUGACUGCGGCAGCCUGUCCGUCGUGGAGAAUUCAUCCAAUAAUGCCACAGUGCAGGACACAUACCCUGUCGACUACACUGUAAGAUAUAAGUGUAAUGUGGGGCAUGAGCCAGACGGGACUGUCGUGAUUGUGUGUGGUGGCGGGGGCUGGCUGGGGAAACUCCGGUGUCGGGAGGUCUACUGCCCAGCUCUUAACCCACCAGACAACGGAAGGAUUUUAGACUCCCCUUCAUACAAAGUUGGUAGCUAUAUUACCUUCGAGUGCAGAGAGGGUUAUGAAUUGAAAGGUAACAGUAAAUUACUCUGCCGGACUGACUUACAAUUCGAUAGUUCGCCUCCAGUAUGCAAAGUGAAAAUGUGUCCAGAAUUUGGGAUUGUUGAGAAUGGCAGAACUUUUCAAGAAAAUGCUGGAGGUAUAGAAAAUGACUAUGGAAGCGUGAUUAAAGUCACCUGUAAUUCAGGCUACAUCCUUCAUGGUACCUCACAUAUGAUGUGCCAGGCAGAUGGGACUUGGAGCAACAGACCAACGUGUAAGGGAAUUUCGUGUCCACCAUUCAAGGGUAUGGACUCAAACUGUAUAGACAAGUUCUUACUCUACAGUACUUUGUACUACAUGACCUGCAGUGAUGCUCCUAACACCAGAGUUGCCGGGACGACUGAAGAUGAGCCGAACGUUUGUCAGGAUAAUGGAUCAUGGCAGUUUCAGGAGUUUGCCUGCUACUGCAGCUGCAACAUGACCAGUUACGACAGUAACAUCAUGAAGAUCGACAAUCCGGUGCAGGAAUACCUGUCCCACGGGGAGAUGCUUCAGUGGUCGUGUAACCACGGCUGCACCAAAAGCACAACUGACGACCUGCGGUGUCAGGAUGGAGUGAUAGCCAUGCCGCAGUGUGACUGCACUUUCACCACCAAUAUGACAACAUCUGUCAGAAAAGAUGGACACUUUACGCUCAGCACGAAGUCUCGACCAUUUUCCACCGAUAUGACACCCGAUGGAAAAACAAAUGGAAACACCACAAUCAGUCCUAUUCCACAUUUCUUAACAACCGGUACGACACCCGAUGGCAAAAUGGAUGGAAACACCACAAUAAGUUUGAAGCCACAUCCCUUAACCAGCGAUAUGACAUCCGAUGGCAAUAUGAAGGGAAACAUCACAACCAGUCUAAGAUUACACCAAUUCACCAGCGAAAUGACACCCGAUGGCAAAAUUAAUGGAAACACCACAACCAGUCUGAGGCCACACCCAUUCACCGGCGAUAUGACACCCGAUGGCAAAAUGGAUGGAAACACCACAAUCAGUCCUAUUCCACAUCCCUUAACAACCGGGACGACACCCGAUGGCAAAAUGGAUGGAAACACCACAAUAAGUCUGAAGCCACAUCCCUUAACCAGCGAUAUGACAUCCGAUGGCAAUAUGAAGGGAAACAUCACAACCAGUCUAAGAUCACACCAAUUCACCAGCGAAAUGACACCCAAUGGCAAAAUUAAUGGAAACACCACAACCAGUCUGAGGCCACACCCAUUCACCGGCGAUAUGACAUCCGAUGGAAAAAUAAAUGGAAACACCACAACCAGUCCUAUUUCACAUCCCUUCACCAGCGACAUGACACCCGGUGGCAAAAUAAAUGGAAACUCUCCAAUGAGCCCGAGGCCUGUCGCCUUUCUAGUUUGGGCCAUCGUCCUCAUUGGUGUAGGUGUCAUUGGAGUCUAGAUCAUUGGGAUAGGUGCUUAUCAGAAGUGUGUUGUCAAAAACCACCGUUAAGACGGUCAUAAUGAUUAAGCGGCAAUAUCAAAAAAUGAUGUGAUUACGCUACGAUUAAGAAGCACCUUAGUCAACAGAUUCAAACGAUAUAUUAAUGCAUCAUGAUGAUUGCAAUAUAUGUCUUGUCUUGAUAUUUAGACCUUACUGUGUCUACAUUUGAAAAAAAACUGAUUAAUCACUGCUGUUAUUGAACUAAUACUAAAACUUAUAUUACACUCUACCAAACCAGACUGAACAUCAGGAAAAAAAUAAAACACAAGUUGAA